AUCGAAUACUUUUGAGGAAUGAAACAUCUGUGUGUGAUAAGAAAUGCGGAUGAUUGAUAAGAAAAAUCCGCAUUCCGACUUCCGAGUCUUCGAAUUUUGAUAAUUAAUCAUUUUUAAUCUCUUCAUCAUGGAGGAAAUCAUACCACCAACUUUGAAGCAAAACCUGGUGAAUACCCAUUUAGCUGUCAAAUCACUGAUCAACGAUAUAAAAACAUACGACGGUUCUGUCGAAGAAUUGAAAAAACUCAAUGAAAUCGGUCGUCUGAAAUUAUCCAAUUUAAGAAAAUAUAUCGACGAUUUAGAAACCUAUGCUAAAGAGCAGACGAACCAAUCGAUGAAAAAUGAAAUCAUGCAACACGUUAGUCUACAAAAAGAGCAAUUACAGAGUUCGUUAAAAGAUUUCCAAAAGGCUAACGUCGAAUGCGUCUUAUCGAUUGAGAAAAAAAGUACCGAAGAAUUAUUCGCAAUGUCUGAUCCUGAAGAAGUAUUAAGGAAAAGAAACAAUAGAAAUCAUUCCAGCUUAUUGCACGAAAAUUCAGAAAUCACCGAUCAUAUGUCGUCCAUUAGUCGUCGUUUAGCCGAAGUCAUCGCCGAAAGUUCGGGCGCUCUUGAAACUUUAGUCAGAUCUUCUACUAAUAUCACUGGUAUUCGAGAUGAAUUGAGAUCUACCGGUUCUAUUAUCGAUCAGUCUGGAAAAAUAUUAAAUAAAUAUCAACAAAGAGAAUUUACUGAUAAAAUUCUUAUUAUUUUUGCCUUCGCUUUCUUUAUGGCUUGUGUUUUCUACGUGGUAUAUUGUAGAAUAUAAUGCGAUCGGUUGCAGUUAUCGAGUGAAAGAUGGCAGCAAAUUCAUCUCGUAAAUUAAUUAUCAUCGCGAAGAAAAUAUUAUAUUCAGUGAUGUAAUAACUAAUAAGUCUAUAAGUUUAAAAGAUCUCGAAAGAUUAGUAUUUUUUAUUUAUGGUAUUGUUUUCAAAUUGUUAUUGUAUUCAUGUACCCAUUAUAUGUACGUAUUUUUAUACAUUGAUUUUAUCGUUA